AAGGUCUGAAAAUGUCUUGAAUUCUGUAAUUUUCCAUAAGGAGGUCUUAAAUUUCAUGUCCGACUCGUCAUUUUUAUUAUUUUUUUUCAACCGCAAUUUGACCAGCGCAACAUUUGGGGGCAGCACUUCGUGGGUACAACCUGCAUCAUUCUAUAGGUGACAUACGAGUAAGUGAUUGAUGGAUGUGUUGCGUUGAUGGUUCGCUACCACGGCAUUUUGCUAUAUCGAAAGCAUGGGCAAAUGUUUGUUUGAUGACAAGUGGUUGGAGGACGAAAAGUAUCGGGGGUGGCUGAAAAAAACAGCCAGUAAUCAUGAAGGGAGGUGUGCUUUGUGUAAAAAGACGAUAAAACUAGGGACAAUGGGCCACAUAGCGCUCGAUUCACACAUGAAAGCAGAGAAGCACAAGAAGUAUGUGUCGUCGCAGGCAAGUAGUUUGCCCAUAAUAACUAUGUUCUCAUCGUGCACUUCGACCACUCAGCCUUCCACAAGCCCGUCCACUUCAAGCAAUGCCUUCAGCAGCUUUGCGAAUGUAGCUACACUUAAGGCCGAAAUACUGUGGGUAUUUCAAACCGUAAGCCGCCACCACUCGUACACCUCAAAUGAGGACAUCCACUUAGUUUUUCAAGCAAUGUUCCCUGACUCAGAGUGUGCGAGUACGUUUACGUGUGGACGGGACAAAACAGCAUAUUUAGCACGAUUUGGUGUUGCCCCAUACCUAAAGAAGGAAUUAAUUUCACGGGCAAACGAGGACACUUUCAUCAUAAUGUUUGAUGAGUCUAUGAACACAGCAACGAAAUCUAAACAGUUGGACUUGCACGUCAGACAUUGGUCAACUGACGAGACCGGCACCCCAAUUGUCAGGUCUCGCUAUCUUGGUUCUCAGUUUUUGGGCCACUCAACGGCAGAAGACUUGCUGGAGCAUUUUAAGGAGGGCACCAAGGAACUUAAUUUAAGGAACAUGCUUUCUGUGUCAAUGGAUGGACCCACAGUAAAUUGGAAAUUCAUGGAUCUCCUACAACUGGAACAUGCGGAACAGUUUGGGGGGAUUCAACUCCAAGUGGUAGGAAGCUGUGGUAUCCACACCCUACACAAUUCAUUUAAAGGUGGAUUUGAAGAGUGGCAUGUAGAAAAGGUGCUGAGAUCACUCCACUAUCUCUUCAAUAAUGCCCCAGCAAGAAGAGAGGAUUUCACAUCUGCAACACUGUCAUCCACAUUCCCCUUAUCCUUCUGUGGCCAUCGUUGGCUCGAAAAUGUGCCUGCUGCAGAGAGGGCCAUUGAAAUUUGGCCCUCUAUUGAGAAAUUUGUUGACCAAGUGUCAACAAAGAAGGUGAAGAACCCAAGAAAUGCAUCGUUCGACACCCUCUCUGAGGCAAGAAAGGAUCCUCUUAUCUGUGCCAAACUCCACUUCUUUGUGUUCAUUGCAAGAGUCUUUCAACCAUUUCUGGAAAAAUAUCAAAAAGAUGCUCCCAUGAUGCCCUUUCUGUGGAAUGACUUGGAGGAUUUGAUAAGGAGCCUUCUCAAACGAUUCAUCAAGCGCGAUGCUUUGCCCUCGAGUCCAUAUAAGCUGGUAAGGCUCGAUGUCACAGACCAGAAGCUUUGGCUUAGCACUAAACAUGUUGACAUUGGCAUGGGUGCAGCAUCUGUUAUCAAGGGACUGUCAGGGGCCAAGGGCAGGGUAAGCGAGCUUGGCGUGCUGCAGUUUAAAAAAGAAUGCCAGAAUGCGCUUUCAAAAAUAUGCAAGAAAGCACUGGAUAAGUGCCCUCUAAAAUAUGCCACUGUCCAUAACAUGAUGUGCCUGGACCCAAGAAAAAUGUAUUCCAGCCCUGACGAAUGCCUACAGAAACUGAAACGCCUCAUUGAGAAGUUUGUGCUGGACAAACAGUUGACAGGCGGGAUAUCUUCUGGUGACGUGAUUUCUCAACAGUUUGAGAAGGCCCUUUCCAAUGAGGCCAAAUCGCUGGAAUUUUCAAACUUCCGGCCCUCAGUGUCCAGGGUUGAUACAUUCCUCUCUCAGAAUCUCAGUUCCUACACUGAUCUGUGGAACUUCUGCAAGAAGUUACUACUCCUCUCACAUGGACAAGCUGAAGUGGAGCGGGGCUUCUCCAUCAACAAAGAAGUGGAGACAUGCAACAUGUCUGAGGAGACAGUUGUUAUUCAAAGGCUCAUCUGCGAUCAAGUGAAAGUUUGUGGGGGGGUGACAAAAGUGCCUCUUACAAAAGAGCUAAUCAGUUACUGUGCAUCAGCACGGAGCCGUUACCGGGCACACUUGGAAGAGGAAAAAAAGAAGAGAGAGACAGAAGAAAACUCCAAGAAAAGAAAAUAUGUCGAAGAAGACCUGAAAGAGCUAAAGAAAAAGAAAAAUUCAAUUAGAGAAAUUUGCAUAUCUUUGGAGAAUGAUGCAGAUAGAAUGGCAGAGCAAGCGGAAAGUUCAGGUGGUAGUAAAAUGGCCACAUUGAUCACAGAAUCCAAUUCUUUGAGGAGACGAGCUAAAGAUAAACAUAAAGAACUAAUUGAGUUGGAUGCAGAAAUUGAAAACAAGAUUGUAGAAUUGACAAAACUGUCAUGAGGGGUUUGAGUUUGAGAACUUAAAAGUUGAAGGUUUACAUGUACCUUUCGUAAUUUAUUUGGAUUAUUUGCUGAAUGUUACUGUCUGGGCCUAGAAAAUCAGUUCCUUUUUUUUGAUCAGCACUGUGGCUUUAUAGGGAAGUCCGAAGCCGUUUCUCUAUGCUGUUUCUUUAUUUCUCUAAGCAUGACUGUUUUCAUGCUAUUCUGUUUGUAUACUGUUAUACAUGUAUAUCUUUGGAUUGCCAGAUUGGCAUUAAUCCCAUUGUUGACCAUAUUGGAAGUUUGAUGUCAUCACAGCACUGAAAGUAGUAGCUGAACAAAGCACCUUUAAAUAAAUUUCUGAUCCUGAUCUUUCCUA